AUGAUACAAGAAAAAGAAAAGAAGGAAAAACGAUUUUGGGUAAGGAAAAUUUAUACCGAACGCCUUCAGAAAGGAGAGUUUCAUUUAUUAGUCCAGGAUUUACGUUUACACGACCAGGAAUACUUUUUUAAGUAUUUUCGUAUGUCUCCAACAACUUACGAAGAGUUGCUUUCUUUUGUAGCGCCUAUCAUUGUAAAACAAAGAACUACCAUGAGAGACCCUAUGAGUCCGAGUGAAAGGCUGGCCGUAACACUUAGAUUUCUUGUAACAGGAGAUGCUCAGUGUACUAUUGCUGCAAGUUACAGAAUCAGCGCAUCUACUAUCAAUAGGAUUAUUAGUGAGACAUGCGCUGCUAUCUGGACAUCAUUGAAAGAGAGAAAUUUUCUACACGUCCCAUCAGAAAAACAAGAAUGGAAAACAAUUGCAAAAGAAUUUGAAAACAUGUGGAAUUUUCCGCAUGCUAUAGGUGCAAUAGAUGGCAAGCACAUCGUUAUGCAAGCUCCUCAUAAUGGCGGAUCAGAGUAUUUUAACUAUAAGAAAACGCAUAGCAUAGUUCUUCUAGCUGUUUGUAAUGCUAAAUACGAAUUUACUAUGGUAGACAUUGGUGACUCGGGAAGACAGAGUGAUGGUAGCGUUUUUAACAACUGCAGUCUUGGUUAUGCAAUCGAAAAUAAUAAAUUGAAUAUUCCUGAUCCCGAAUAUAUUGGUAAUUCAGAAAAGGUAUUACCGUACGUUUUAGUUGCUGACGAUGCUUUUGGUUUAAAAAGGCACAUGAUGAAACCAUACCCUAAUCAAAACAUUCUUUUAGAUCAAAAAAUAUUCAACUACAGACUUUCAAGAGCCAGAAGGGUAAUAGAAAAUACAUUUGUGUCUUCGAGAAAAGAUUUAGAAAAUGAAUAUCAUAAUGUAGAAGCUAAUUUUAACAAUAACGACAACGUUGUUGAACAAGCUGCAGAUUUAAUUAAUGUGACUGCCGACUUUCCAGAUCCUGAUAACAUAGAAAUUAAAGAUGACUUGGUUCUAAAAAAUCAAAGACCAAAUGCUUCUGAAAUUGAGGAAGCAGUUCGUAGGGGUUCAGAAAAGAUCCCAUCUCAAUUUCCAAUAGAUGUGAAAGGAGAUUCAUUUCCUGUUUGUAUACUACAUACAAGUAUGAAAAAUGGAGAAUAUGUUCCCCGUGAUUGGCUUGUUUAG